CAGACCCUCGGCGGGGCGUCGGAGGGCAGCGAGGUGCUCCGGGGAAUCGAGGGCGGCGCGGACCUCGCCGGAGACCUCCGGGUCUGGGACUUGACCCAGAGGUGCAGCGAGCCCCUCAGAGCGGCAGUUUCAUACUAGAACAGUACAACCAUGUUUCGGAAUAGUCUCAAGAUGCUUCUUACUGGCGGGAAAUCAAGUCGCAAAAACAGGUCAAGUGAUGGAGGGAGCGAGGAACCACCGGAUCGAAGACAGUCAAGUGUAGAUUCUCGCCAAAGCCGCUCUGGGCAAGGUGGCAUCUCCACAGAAAGCGACUGUGCUUUUGAGCCAGACUAUGCUGUUCCACCACUUCCAGUGAGUGAAGGUAUGCAGCACAUUCGGAUUAUGGAGGGCAUGUCUCGCUCUCUUCCAUCCUCCCCCUUACUCACACAUCAGUCUAUCAGUGUUCGGCUCCAACCUGUGAAGAAGUUAACUGCCCCUCUGAGGAAGGCAAAGUUUGUUGAGAGCCCACGAAUUCCAGAAUCCGAGCUUGGCUCCCCAACCCUCACUUCAGCUCAGAAACUGGACGUGGACGCAUACUGCCCUGGUGAUGCUGAACAGGAACUUGGCCCCCCUCCAUCUGUAGAUGAGGCAGCAAACACACUCAUGACUCGUCUAGGUUUCCUUCUUGGAGAGAAAGUCGCAGAAGUUCAGCCAGGUGAUCAAUACAGCAUGGAGGUACAGGAUGAAAGUCAGACCUCAGCAAUCACCCAGCGGAUAAGUCCCUGUUCCACACUGACAAGCAGCACUGCCUCUCCACCAGCCAGUAGCCCCUGCUCUACCCUCCCACCAGUCAGUACAAAUGCUGCUGCCAAGGAUUGUAGCUAUGGGGCUGUUACUAGUCCAACCUCCACCCUUGAAAGCAGAGAUAGCGGCAUCAUUGCUACAUUGACAAGCUAUUCUGAAAACAUGGAACGCACAAAAUAUGUUGGAGAAAGCAGUAAAGAAUUAGGAUCUGGAGGAAACCUAAAACCUUGGCAGACUCAAAAAUCCAGCAUGGACUCCUGUCUAUAUCGAGUAGAUGAAAACAUGACUGCAUCUACCUAUAGUCUGAAUAAGAUCCCAGAGAGAAAUUUGGAAACAGUUUUAUCUCAGUCAGUGCAGUCUAUUCCUUUGUAUCUUAUGCCACGGCCAAAUUCAGUAGCAGCCACCAGCUCUGCCCACUUGGAGGAUCUUGCAUACUUGGAUGAGCAGAGACAUACACCUUUGAGAACUUCUCUUCGAAUGCCAAGACAGAGUAUGGGUGGUGCACGCACACAGCAGGAUUUAAGAGUUCGCUUUGCACCAUACAGGCCUCCAGAUAUCUCCCUGAAGCCACUGCUCUUUGAAGUGCCCAGUAUCACUACAGAGUCAUUGUUCGUUGGCCGCGAUUGGGUUUUCCAUGAAAUAGAUGCGCAACUUCAAAGUUCGAAUGCUAGCGUGAACCAAGGAGUGGUGAUCGUGGGAAACAUUGUUGGCAAAACUGCCAUCAUCUCUAGACUGGUGGCCCUCAGUUGCCAUGGCACACGGAUGAGACAGAUCGCCUCAGACAGCCCACAUGCCUCCCCCAAACAUGUGGAUGCCAACAGAGAGUUGCCACUCACACAGCCACCUUCAGCCCACUCAUCUAUCACAAGUGGAAGCUGCCCAGGAACUCCAGAAAUGCGCAGGCGGCAGGAAGAAGCUAUGCGAAGAUUAGCCUCACAGGUAGUUGCCUAUCACUAUUGCCAAGCAGAUAAUGCCUACACCUGCCUGGUACCAGAAUUUGUCCACAAUGUUGCUGCUCUGCUCUGCCGUUCACCUCAGCUGACAGCUUAUCGGGAGCAGCUUCCGGAGCCUCACCUGCAGAGCAUGCUGAGCCUUCGAUCCUGUGUUCAAGACCCCAUGGCCUCCUUUCGGAGAGGAGUCCUGGAGCCCCUGGAGAAUCUCCACAAAGAGAGAAAAAUCCCAGAUGAAGAUUUCAUCAUUUUAAUUGAUGGACUAAAUGAAGCAGAAUUUCACAAACCGGAUUAUGGGGAUACAAUUGUAUCGUUUCUGAGUAAAAUGAUUGGAAAAUUUCCUUCUUGGCUCAAACUAAUUGUAACAGUUAGGACCAGUUUACAGGAAAUUACCAAGUUGCUGCCUUUCCAUAGGAUUUUUUUGGAUCGACUAGAAGAGAAUGAAGCCAUAGACCAGGACCUGCAGGCUUACAUCCUGCAUCGGAUACACAGCAGCUCAGAGAUCCAGAAUAACAUUUCACUUAAUGGCAAAAUGGACAAUACUACAUUUGGCAAGCUCAGUUCUCAUCUCAAGACCCUCAGUCAAGGGUCCUAUCUAUACCUGAAACUCACAUUUGACCUCAUAGAGAAAGGAUAUUUAGUGUUAAAGAGCUCUAGCUACAAAGUAGUUCCUGUUUCACUCUCAGAGGUUUAUUUACUCCAGUGCAAUAUGAAGUUCCCAACCCAGUCUUCUUUUGACCGGGUGAUGCCUCUCCUGAAUGUGGCAGUGGCCUCUCUCCACCCACUGACUGAUGAGCAUAUCUUCCAGGCCAUCAAUGCUGGUAGCAUUGAAGGCACACUAGAAUGGGAAGAUUUUCAGCAGAGAAUGGAGAACCUCUCCAUGUUCCUAAUCAAGCGCAGAGACAUGACUCGUAUGUUUGUACAUCCUUCUUUUCGAGAAUGGCUUAUCUGGAGAGAAGAAGGAGAGAAAACCAAAUUUCUGUGUGAUCCCAGGAGUGGUCACACAUUACUUGCCUUCUGGUUUUCUCGCCAAGAGGGAAAACUAAACCGACAGCAGACCAUUGAAUUGGGACAUCACAUCCUCAAAGCACACAUCUUUAAGGGUUUGAGUAAAAAGGUUGGUGUAUCAUCUUCCAUCCUCCAAGGUCUCUGGAUCUCUUAUAGCACAGAAGGUCUUUCUAUGGCAUUGGCAUCUUUACGAAAUCUCUAUACUCCAAAUAUAAAGGUCAGCCGACUGCUGAUUUUGGGAGGUGCCAAUAUUAAUUACCGGACAGAAGUUUUAAAUAAUGCUCCAAUUCUGUGUGUCCAGUCUCAUCUUGGUUACACAGAAAUGGUGGCCUUGCUUUUGGAAUUUGGGGCCAAUGUGGAUGCCUCUUCUGAAAGUGGCCUGACUCCUCUGGGGUAUGCCGCAGCAGCAGGGUUCCUGAGCAUCGUGGUGCUGCUCUGCAAGAAACGGGCCAAGGUGGAUCACUUGGAUAAGAAUGGACAGUGUGCUUUGGUUCAUGCUGCACUCAGAGGUCAUCUGGAGGUCGUCAAGUUUUUGAUUCAGUGUGACUGGACAAUGGCUGGCCAGCAGCAAGGCGUGUUUAAGAAGAGCCAUGCCAUCCAGCAGGCUCUCAUUGCUGCAGCCAGCAUGGGCUACACUGAGAUUGUCUCCUACCUACUUGAUCUUCCAGAAAAAGAUGAAGAAGAAGUAGAGCGAGCACAGAUCAACAGUUUUGACAGUCUCUGGGGAGAGACAGCCCUAACAGCUGCAGCCGGAAGGGGCAAACUGGAGGUGUGCCGGCUGCUGUUGGAGCAAGGCGCGGCAGUGGCCCAGCCAAACCGCCGAGGGGCAGUGCCCCUAUUCAGCACUGUUCGCCAGGGCCACUGGCAGAUUGUUGAUCUUCUACUCACCCAUGGAGCUGAUGUCAACAUGGCAGACAAGCAGGGUCGUACUCCCCUGAUGAUGGCUGCUUCUGAAGGUCAUCUGGGAACUGUGGACUUUCUGCUUGCACAAGGUGCCUCUAUUGCUUUAAUGGACAAAGAAGGAUUGACAGCCCUCAGCUGGGCUUGUUUGAAGGGCCAUCUCUCAGUAGUACGUUCUCUAGUGGAUAAUGGAGCUGCCACAGACCAUGCUGACAAGAAUGGCCGCACCCCACUGGACUUGGCAGCUUUCUAUGGUGAUGCUGAGGUGGUCCAGUUCCUGGUGGAUCAUGGAGCCAUGAUUGAGCACGUUGACUACAGUGGAAUGCGCCCUCUGGAUAGGGCAGUGGGUUGCCGGAACACUUCUGUCGUUGUCACUCUCCUGAAGAAAGGAGCUAAAAUAGGUCCAGCCACAUGGGCGAUGGCUACCUCCAAACCAGACAUCAUGAUCAUCCUGUUGAGCAAGCUGAUGGAAGAGGGGGACAUGUUUUAUAAGAAAGGUAAAGUAAAGGAGGCUGCCCAGCGCUACCAGUAUGCUCUGAAGAAAUUCCCUAGAGAAGGGUUUGGUGAGGCUAAAACCUUCCGGGAGCUAAAGGUGUCUCUCCUCCUCAACCUCUCUCGAUGUCGCAGGAAAAUGAAUGUAAGAUUUGGAAUGGCGGAGGAAUUUGCUACUAAGGCCCUGGAGCUGAAACCGAAAUCUUAUGAAGCUUACUAUGCAAGAGCAAGGGCAAAACGCAGCAGCAGACAGUUUGCAGCAGCCUUAGAGGAUCUGAACGAGGCCAUCAAGCUGUGUCCAAACAACCGUGAGAUCCAGAGACUUCUAAUGCGAGUGGAGGAGGAGUGUAGGCAGAUGCAGCAGCAGCAGCAGCAGCAGCAACCUCAGCAGCAGCCUCAGCAGCAGCUACCAGAAGAAACAGAACCUGAGCCACAGAAUGAAGAUAUAUACUCUGUACAAGAUAUAUUGAGGAGGAGUACCUGAACAGGAUGUGGAAAUGUUUCCAUUGGCCUCCAGACAGAGGCUCGGCCCAGCCAGGGGCUCCCGAUAAUCCAGAGCCCACCCUCCUCUCCAGCCCAUCGGGAUUCAGCCUACAUCUCUAGCUCACCUCUUGGCUCUCACCAGGGUUUUGACUUCCGGUCCAAUAGUUCUGUAGGUUCUCCCACUAGACAGGGAUAUCAGUCCACCUCACCUGCUUCUCCAACUCACCAGAACUCUCAUUACAGGCCUAGUCCACCACAUACUUCCCCCGCCCAUCAGGGUGGAUCCUAUCGGUUUAGCCCCCCUCCUGUGGGAGGGCAGGGCAAAGAAUACCCAAGCCCUCCCCCUUCCCCACUCCGCAGAGGCCCUCAGUAUAGGGCCAGCCCUCCAGCUGAAAGCAUGAGUGUCUAUAGAUCCCAGUCUGGUUCGCCGGUGCGCUAUCAGCAGGAAACAAAUGUUAGUCAGCCUGGCAGACCAAAAUCUCCGUUAUCCAAAAUGGCCCAGCGUCCUUACCAGAUGCCUCAGCUUCCUGUGGCAGUUCCCCAGCAAGGGCUCAGGCUCCAGCCUGCCAAGGCCCAGAUUGUGAGGAGUAACCAGCCCAGCUCAGCCGUUCACUCAAGCACUGUCAUCCCCACAGGAGCCUAUGGCCAAGUCACCCAUUCAAUGGCCAGUAAAUACCAGGCUUCACAAGGAGACAUAGGAGUCAGUCAGAGCCGAUUGGUUUAUCAAGGGUCAAUUGGGGGAAUUGUAGGGGAUGGGAGGCCUGUGCAGCAUGUCCAAGCCAGCCUGAGUGCAGGUGCCAUCUGUCAGCACGGAGGGUUGACCAAAGAAGAUCUUCCACAGAGACCUUCCUCAGCAUAUCGUGGUGGUAUGAGAUACAGCCAGACACCCCAGAUUGGGCGUAGCCAAUCAGCAUCCUAUUACCCAGUCUGUCACUCAAAACUAGAUCUGGAGCGUUCCUCCAGCCAGUUAGGUUCCCCUGAUGUGUCACAUUUAAUCAGAAGACCUAUCAGUGUCAACCCUAAUGAAAUCAAACCCCAUCCACCAACUCCCAGGCCGUUGCUGCACUCCCAGAGCGUGGGCCUUCGCUUCUCUCCAUCUAGCAAUAGCAUCUCAUCCACCUCCAACCUAACUCCUACCUUCCGGCCUUCUUCCUCAAUUCAGCAAAUGGAAAUCCCACUGAAACCGGCAUAUGAUAGGUCAUGUGAUGAACUGUCACCAGUGUCUCCCACUCAGGGAGGUUACCCCAGUGAGCCCACCCGAUCCAGGACCACACCAUUCAUGGGGAUCAUAGAUAAAACAGCCCGGACUCAACAGUACCCCCACCUUCACCAGCAGAAUCGGACCUGGGCAGUGUCAUCAGUGGAUACCGUUCUCAGUCCCACAUCUCCAGGCAACCUGCCUCAGCCUGAGUCUUUCAGUCCACCGUCAUCCAUCAGCAACAUUGCCUUUUAUAACAAAACCAACAAUGCACAGAAUGGCCAUUUGCUGGAGGACGAUUAUUAUAGCCCCCAUGGGAUGCUGGCUAAUGCCCGUGGAGACCUGUUGGAGAGAGUCAGCCAGGCCUCCUCUUACCCUGAUGUGAAGGUGGCUCGGACCCUACCUGUGGCUCAGGCAUACCAGGACAACCUGUAGCAGUUGUCCCGGGACUCUCGACAAGGGCAGACAUCCCCUAUCAACAAAGAGACCAUCGUGGAGUCUAAUGUUUAAAAGACAUUUGUUGAGUGAGACCCAUAUGUUUUCACUGCACAUUUCAGGCUUGGUUUCCACAUUCGAGGUAGUUCUCUGGCUUAAUUUCUCAUGUAGUUUCUGUGUGGUGUUCAGAGGUGGCAGCCCACAUGCUGAAAUUCUUUGCAUGCAGCCGACUGGGAAGCUGGCCUCCGGUGAGCCAGAACUUCAGUUUCUCUGGUCUGUGCCCCAGCCACAUGUUCUCUCCCUCUCUUCAGAUGCCAACGAGGAGAUUUUUAUGCCGUGUGCUUUAACCCAGGGAGAUCAGACACACUGGUCAGCUUUUUCCAGGAGACAAUCGCUUUCACUGAUGUUCUUGUUGUAUAAAUGUCUUUUUUUCUUUUUUAAAAAGUGAGAUGUUCUUGUUCGUUUUCUUCUAGGAACUUUAGAAAGAGUGUGAUGCCCCUUUGCCUUUGCAUUCUUAUCCAGUGUUAUCCAAAUAGCCAACCCCAGUGCAUUUGUGUGCCAUGGUCUUUUCCCCAGACUGCCAGCCAGCUCCCUGCAGUCAUCAGGUCUAGAAUGUUCAUUUGCAUUUUUAUUGGUCUUCUACGGGGUAAAAGACUCAAGGAGAGAGAGAGAGAGAACGAAGAAAAGUCUUACAUUGGAAGAAAGGGACUGGGGAUAUACCUCAGAGGUAGGGACUUGCCUAGCAUGCACAAGGCCCUGGGUUCAAUCCCCAGCACUGCCAAAAAAAAAAAAAAAAAAAAAAAACACCCAAAAUAUUUUUUUGAAAUGUCACUACAUUGGUUUUCUAACAGGCAUUUUAGGUACAUUUAGGAAAAAACUGACCCUUAAAAUAUGUUGGUCAGACAAGGAAUUCAUGAAAAUUGUGGGUAUUUUUUUAAAAAUUCACUGAGAGUUCUUCUAACCACUAAAAGCUACUGAUCUGAUUUUCCAGGAGUAGGGAAGGAAAUAAACAGAGAGAAAAGAAAGAUGGCUCUGAAUUCUUAGUGAAAGGCUGUAGAAAUCUGUCUUGAAAAAGUGUACAUUUUAGAUCCUGAAACAUGGAGCAUCCGGUUCCACAGAAAGCAAGCUUCCUGACAGCUGGCUGGUAUGAUGAGCCUUUUAGCUGCGUCUCCACCUAGAGCCAGAUUUUGUUCUGUUGGUCCUCUUUGUCAAGCCCAGAUGGUGUUAUGAAGAACUUGGUUCUUGGAGAAGCUAAUCGGAUUGUCUUGGGGACUGUAAGACCGAUUGCCAGGAUUUCUACCCAGGGCCAUUGCAUUCCAUGCCUGUUGUUAUCUAAUUCCAUUUUGAGAUCUAUCGCUUCAUUUUCUACUAUUAGAGGAAUUUUUUUUUCUUUUUCUAGGCGUGCUUAUGGGGGUGAUAACUAAAAUCAUACACAACAAAAAAUGUUCCAGGGUGAAGACCAACCCCUUUCAGCUCUGUCUUCUAGCCCUGAUGGCAGGUUUCUUCUCUAGUCACUCUGUGCACAUCUUCUAGGUCUUGUGGUUGUUCUCUAACCUGACCUUUGAGUGAUGGAGGCCACCAUGAAAUGGACAGCAAGACCACUGCGACCAAAGCCUUAGCACAGUCCUGGCACUGGCUGCACAUCAGCUCUUAAAACUAAGAAACCACCCGACAAACGAAACUGCUGAAAUUCAACAAAAGAGCAUUGAUUCUCUGCCAUUAGGAAUCAUUCUGCUCCUGUUAGUAAAGGGCUACAGAAAGAGCAGUUUCCUGAAUGAGAUCCAACUGUGAGCAGACCAGUUUACAGUUAAGUAUUUUCAGAAAGGAUCGUUAGGACACCAGGAGCAGAAAGCUGAGAUCAGAAGAUCCCACCAAAUAGAUGGACCCCCGAGGCCCAAGUCCCAAGCCUAAACAGGCCAGGAUUCACCUCUGUGUGCGGAAGCAAAUGUUGGGGCCAACUGAAGACCCAACACUUUUUCACCUGGUGUGUAAGGACUGCCUGCUACUUCACCUAGGCCUGGUGGGGCAUCAGUGCCUCUACCCACAGAUCUGUCUAUAUCUCCAUCCCACAUCAGGAAGAUGAAGUGUGGGCUAAGGGUAGAGCACUUGCCUAGCAUGCAUGAGCCCCUGGGGUUGAUUCCCAGCACCCCAAAAAGGAAAGAAGAAGAUGAAGUGCAUCUGCCUGUAGCUAGGAACCCAGCAGCCUCAGGUGUCUUCCUGGCCAGGUCUCAGGCCUGUUGGGCUCUUUGCAUCUUAUCCCAUUUUAACCACCUCUUAGUGGGGAGCUGCUACAUUUUGAAGAAUUUCUUAGUCUAUUAGAAAAGUGCCCCUGCUUAUCACACACCACCUGCACUUGCCUCUCCAGGUAGGUAGGCAGGUCGUGAUUUAGAUAUGCCAUUGAUGCCACUUCUCCCCAGGGUCUCUCUCUCAGUUUUCCAGGAUAAACAAGAGAUUUGGGGUCUGCACCCUAUCAGGCAAGACAUCUAAAAUGUUAACAGUCAAAAUGCAGUUUCUAUUUUAGUCAUGCAAAAGGGUGUAGAUAUCACUUCUGGAUGCCAGUUGUCUUUUAUCAGAAAAUGCCAACAGGAGUUUAUUGGGGCGAGAGACGAGGUAUUUCCUUGGAAGCAGACUGCCUGCGCCCUCUUUUGCUACUUCACUGCCAUGGGAUGAUCUUAGUACUGUAUUUAGAGUUACCCCUUCCCCAGCAGCAAACAUUGGCCGAAUUAACAUCUGGCUUCAGGUGGGAGGAAAGGUUUUAAAGGAACUUGGUAAGUUCCACUCACCCAAUUCACAUCACUCCCUGAAAUGGAGACAGAGGUGACAACUUCAGCUUAUAGGUUUCUCACCAAAUCACAUAUUCCAUUUGCCCAGAUUUCUUGCACUAAUGGGUUUCCAUCACAUCCCGUCUAUAAAUGGGUGCACUUUACUGUUUGAAUUUGUAACUCUGAUAAAUACUGGAUAUUUAAUUGUGAGUAGUGUCUUCAUUAGAAAUAAGCAGAAUCGCUCUUGUCUUUUAGUGUAUUUUUAAGAAAAAAAAAAACAAGGAAAAGAAAGAAAUCGAGCAGUGGAUCACAACAUU